AUGUUUCGAGGCGAACUUCAACACCAGGUAUGUCUCUGCUCUUCGGAUCUAUCCAAGCAAGUCCUCAAAAAGGCAGAAGAGAAGCACACACUUACUCGGAUUCUUCCACUUGCGAUAGGAAACACAAAGACUAGCCAACCCGCCCAACCAGCACCAGCACCAACACCGACACCCAUCAACUACUCAUCAAGCCCAUCGGGCUACCCACCCCAUGGUCGAUAUGCACCUCCGUCUUCUAUGAACAUGGCCAACAUGGCUUAUGCUCUACCUGGCCAUCAAUCGACUGGUUUGCCGUUCGAACAACAGCACCACCUGCAUCACUACCCCGCCACCCACGCCCAGGGGAUGAUGUACCCUAUGCAAUCAAUGGGACAUUAUCCCGGUCAACACCCAACCGGUGCUGUCCCUUACGGUAUCCCAUAUGCUCCAAACUUUCCUCCAUACGCCAUGCCUCAACAUCCGGGAGCCGCUCAACACGGGGGGUCAUUACCCUUCGUUCGUCCCCAACCCAUCGUUGCAGAAUAUGACUGGGCAUUCCCCUUCAUAUGGGCCAGGUUACUACCACCCGGGCUACAAUGUACCCUACGGGCCUGGGGCCCUUCCCGUGGCGGCUCCAAUGCGGCAACCGCCUCGUCAGGGCUCAACCUCGGCCUCUCGGGGAUCAUCUUCCACAAGUCCUUCCAAGCGGGAUGUGGACAGGCGGACAGCGGAGGAAUACGAUGUUUCGAAAACCAUCACGCAACCCCUUUAUCCUACACAGCACCUUCAUCGCCAAAUCCGCCCCGAGGACCCCCGCGAAAGCCCAAGCAAUCUGGCCAUGCUCUCUGGGUCGGAAACCUACCGCCAGGCGCGAGUGUAAUCGAUCUGAAAGACCAUUUCUCGCAAGACGCCACCGACGAUAUCGAAAGUGUGUUCUUGAUCUCUAAGAGUAAUUGCGCGUUUGUCAAUUAUAGAUCUGCUCUUGCUUGUGCGGAUGCUUUGGCGAGAUUUCAUGAUUCACGCUUCCAUGGCGUGCGUCUUGUCUGUCGGUUACGGAAGGGGUUUACGGCUCCUGGGUCUGGAUCUGGGUCGGCAUCGAUGGGGCUUAGUGGUUUGGGAUCACGACUUCGAACUGAGGAGACUCUCGACCCUCCAUCUAGCGGCGAGGCUAUAAAUACAGACCCGGAAACGGGACCGGGUCCCACCCAUCCAACUCAGGAUGGGAACGCCCGAUCUAUCGACCGAUAUUUCAUCGUCAAGAGUUUGACCGUGGACGAUCUUGAACUCAGCAAGCAGAGUGGUAUCUGGGCAACUCAGACUCACAACGAGACCAGUCUGAACCAAGCCUUCGAAACUACAGAGCACGUCUACCUAAUCUUCUCCGCAAACAAAUCAGGCGAAUACUUCGGCUACGCCCGAAUGCUAUCACCAAUCAGCGACGACGAAGACCUAGCCCUAGAAAUGCCGCCACGACCAGACCCAGUACCAGGCUCCGCCCCGAUCCCCGAAGAACUCGAAAUGACCCUCACGCCCGCAACAUCGAACGCGCCCAAGGGCCGCAUUAUCGACGACUCGGCCCGCGGCACGAUCUUCUGGGAAGUCGAGUCUCUCGAAGACGAGACGGACGAUGCGCGCAGCGAGCGCAGUGUUGAGGGAUUACUUUGUCUCGAGGACGGCGAGGCGGAGGGUCAAUCUUUUGGCAAGCCGUUUCGCAUUCAGUGGUUGUCGACUGAGCGGGUGCCGUUUCAUCGGACGAGGGGAUUGCGGAACCCGUGGAAUGCGAAUCGUGAGGUCAAGAUUGCGCGGGAUGGGACCGAGAUCGAGCCGAGUGUCGGCCGGAAACUUAUUCAGUUGUUUCACUUGUCGCUUUCUUGA